AUGCAACUCAACUUCUUCGCUCUGUUUUGCUCCCUCGCCAUUGGCAUCACUGCCCUUCAUGUCAAGAGAGAAGAAGCACCCACUUCAGCCUCAACCUGCUCGGAUAUCACGAAAACUGUGACUGCUAUUGCAACAAUUUCGUACGGCACGACCAAGACGACCACGGUUACAAAGACCGUGACUGCCACCGGCCCUGGAACAACGGUCACAAAGACUGAAAGCUACACUGUCACCACCGUCAAGCCUGGCCCAACACAGACCGUCUCGUACACUGUGACUGCCACGGCCCCCGGAACAACGGUCACCAAGACCGAGAGCUAUACCGUCACCACGACCAAGCCCGGCUCGACGUUCGAGGUCAAACUGCCAAAGAUCGAAAGCGCCAUAAGCUGUAAUUGUCUUCUCUGCCACAAGUCUGGUUACCUGUGGGCUUUUCCAGAUGCUGGGGACAUCAAAUACACCAAGGGCGACGAUGAGACUCUGGCUGGGUACGAGACCGAGGCACUGAGCCACGAGGUUCGUGAACAUGUCGCCCGAAUAUUUUCGCAUGAUACUUGCCUCUACGGAACACACAAGGCUGGGCCACUAGAAGGUCAACCAGGCAUCAACAUUCGAACUAUUCUUGACGUGAACCCUUUCGACCUCAAGGCCCAGGAGGCACAAACUGCAUCAGUCGUGUCUGAGAAAUCAUUGGAGCUCUUCGAAGCCCUGAGCAAGAGCCCUCCUCCAGCACAGUUGGAAGGCGACAACAUCAAGCUCUACAACGGCUCGUGCGCAUGCGGCGCUGUCUCCUUCUCAGUCAAGACGCCUCCACUCACGCAGGUGGAAAUCAAGGAGGACAACUGCAGCAUAUGCAGACGAAGGGCCGCCAUCAGUAUGUAUCCAGACCGAGACCAGGUGACGCUCAUCGGGAGGGAGAACACGACCACGUAUGCCUUCGGCAGGAAGUUCAACCAGGCGCCGUUCUGCACGACGUGCGGCGUCGCGUGCUACGGGGUGCCUGUGGGGCCGCCGCAGGAGGUUGUUGAUAAGCUGCCCGAGGCCAAGAAGGAGUCCGUCGAGAAGCUGAGGCGGAUCCAACCUCUGUAUGUGAGGGCUAUGGAUGGGGUGGAAUGGGACGAGAUACAUGUCGAGCAAAGUGACGAGGGCACAGAAGGAUAUGAGCUGCCAGAUGAGUGA